AUGGGUACUGUAGUUCGGUUCCGACCCAUUGGUGUCACCCUCUUUUGGGCUCGGGCUCGAUUGGGAAAAAGAGCGCGUGAAGAUGACAGUGCUGCUGUCGUGAGUGAGGGUGAGGGUGGUUCGUCACGGAGUGCGUCACAGGAAGAAAGCGACGAGAGGAGGAGGAGGAGAUACAGAGGGGUGAGGCAGAGAACGUGGGGGAAAUGGGCGGCAGAGAUUCGCGAUCCUCACAAAGCGGCGAGAGUGUGGCUUGGCACCUUCGACACCACCGAGGGAUCUGCCAGAGCCUACGAUGAGGCCGCAUUGAGGUUUAGAGGUAACAAAGCCAAACUCAACUUCCCCGAAAACGUUACCGCGGUUCGACCUCCUCACCUUCUCGAUUUUCCGGCCACCUUACUCUCGUGCUCCGGUGAUGUUCCAGCGGUGUCUGGUUAUUCUCCAACGGUGAUGCAGGGGGCGCCGCUUCAGAGACUAUUGGGGUUAUUCUCAGCUUCUACGGAGCACAGGGGAGUUCCAUGGACUCGAUCAGUGGUUCUAUGA